AUGAAAGGGACGGCAAAAUCCCAAAGGGGCCUUUCAGCCUCAACUGUCGAUCAAGUGCGAACGAUGCCACCGCCGAGCCUGCAAAGCAUACCUCCAGAGAUAACCAUACAAAUCGCCGAGUAUCUGGGGAUCAAGGAUCUCGACUCUCUGGUUCGGGUCUCGCAUCAGUUCCACUCACUGUUGUCCUCCCAGCUUUACACACGCGGAGCAUUAUGGUCUCCCGAUCAAAAAGGGGACAAUGAUACCCUCCCACCACUGGCGUGGUGUCUUCGAAACAGCCACCGCAAUGCCGCAACUGAGUUGCUGCUGAAAAGGGCAAACCCGGCUCUUCUUGGUGGAGGAACAACGGCAAUCCAUGAAGCCGUGCAGCGCGACUAUGUGGACGAACUGCGCCUCAUGCUGGAUCGUCCGUGUUGCAUCAAGAACCUCAGAAACGGCCUCGAUGAGACGCCCCUCAUGACAGCAGCCCGACUUGGUCAAGAGGCCUGCGCACGCGCCUUAUUGGAUUCCGAGCAAGGCGGGAAUCUCAUCGACGCGCUCCAGGUCGCAGUCAGCCAGUCCCAAGAGGCUAUCGUCCGCUUAAUCCUGGGCUGCAUUGCCGCCCCCUUCAACUUUAAGGAUGACGAGCUUACAGUGCUCUUGUCAAGUGCCGUGAAAAAGAGCCACGCGGGGAUUCUGCGACGAUUGCUGACCUUCGCCGCAACGACCUUUGUGGAAUUCGAUAUCAACAAAGCAACCGAUGAGCUUGUUCGUCACGCGCGAGAUAAGGCGUGCAUUGACGUCCUUUUCCGGUUCGGCGCUGAUAUUAACUAUCGGGCAAGUUGGGGCUGGACCUUUCUACAUGAGACGAUUCUCUCCCGAAACUGCGAGGCCGCAGCGCAUUUGCUGGACCGGGGAGCCGAUAUCGACGCCGUAGAUACGGGCGGGACCACCCCGUUGAUGUUUGCAGCAUAUAUCGCAGACGGAGAAGAAAUAGCGCAGCUCCUAAUCGACCGCGGAGCGAAUAUAGAAACGACGGACCGAGACGGGCUCAACGCGAUGCACAACGCUGCCUCGCGUGGGAAGACACAUAUGGUUGAGCUCCUGCACCGUGCCGGCCUCUCCGUGCGGGCUUUGUCGGGCGAUGAGGGGUGGACUGCGCUGCACUAUGCUUCUCUUGCUGGCUCUGAGGAUAGCGUCCGUUACCUCGUUGACGCCGGUGCGGAUAUCUCGGCGGUCGACUCGAACGGGCAGACGGCGUUGCAUGUAGCAAUUAUGGCGGACUCUACAGAUGUGGCUCAGGUGUUGAUCCUCGCUGGUGCACCGUUGGAUGUUACAGAUCUCCACUUCAAAACUCCGCUGCACUAUGCCGUGGAGGGAAAGAACAUGUAUCUCAUCCAACUGUUGCUAGAAGCGCUCGAGAAGGUAGGCUCGGACUUGAGCAGACGGGAUCCUUUUAUCAAAUGGCUUCCUAUGCAGCAUCCAGACGGGACGACGUCAUACUGGAAUGCAGGAUCCGUUCUGCACGACGCCGUAGCGAACGGGCAAGAGAAGAUCGCAGAGCCCCUCUUCUCGAAACAGCGCAACAUCCACUCUCGAGAUAUAUACGGCCGGACAGUCCUUGACUGGACGCCGGGUCAUAAACCCUCCCUACGGGAAAAGAUCCUCAGCUACUGGGGUGAUCAUCCACAAACAACAGACCCCAAGCAACAAACCGCAACACUGAGACAAAGCACCACAACUCUCGUGACCAACCUCCUCCUCUUCCCAGACAUGCUGACGCAGAACAAACCGCAAUAUCAACACCACCUCUACACCCUCGGAAAAUGCCUCUUGUACCUCAACGACGAGUCCGCGGCGCGAACCGCCUUCGCACUACAAGCACAAUGCGACCCCCCCAAACCUCAAACCCGCGAAAACGCAAAGUACGCAAAUAUCGUCUGUACGCGGUGCAGAGUGUGUCCGUCUGUCGACCAUGGACGGUGGGUUUGUACGGUCUGUCCGCGGAUUGAUCUGUGUGAUGUUUGUGCGGAGACUUAUAGGAAUUUUCUGGUUGUGGGUGAGGCGUGUGUUUCACACCGGAUGGUGGAGGUUCGCGGGCAGGAUUGGGAUGCGCUUAAGAAGGUGGAUGGGCGUGGGUUGGUUUGUAGAGAGUGGUUGGAGGGUUUGAUUGAGUUGUAUGGUGAUUGA